UAUUUGAUCGAAAUAUAUAUUGAUACAACAUAAUCGUAUCCAUAGCAACUCACUAUAGCAACUAUUCAUGAUAUAGAUAAUGAUUAUUUAUUACCUUAAGUUUCUCAUUUCAUCGUAUCAUCGUAUCGUGUAUUGUGUUGUUUCAAAAAUUAAAUACCUUCAAAACUUUGAAUCGUGAUAAAUGAGCAAAUUAAGAUUGCCCAUAGAUUAUAAAAAUAUGCAGUUAGAACUUUUAGAGGCUCUUAAAGAAGAUGAAUUAUACAAAUUACAAAAUGAUGCUAAAAUUAGAGCAGUGGAACAAAAUGUAAAUGCUGCUCAUUUAAAACCUUUAAAACACUCCGAUAUUAAAUAUGAGGUAAAGAAAUUAUGGAAUCCUAUUAUUUGUACCAAUAAUUCAAAUAUGAUGUCAUUUAACAAUCCAGAAGAAGAUCAAUCUAAAAAUCGUCUAAAAUUAAAAGAGAAUGAAAAUAUUUUUAAAAAUGAAAUACCCAUUACAUAUGAUCAAUUUAUACAAUUUUGGAAAACGAUUAAAGAAUAUAAAGAAAAAUUUAAUUAUCUUAAAAUUUUAAGACAUAACUUACAAGAGAAAAUUUUUUAUACGGAAAUUCCUCCAACAUUAUUUGUCGAACUAAUAAACACAUGCUUACAAAAUGUCUCGGAUGUGAAUAAUAUCGAGUACAUUAUUGAUAUUUUAUAUAUUUUGAGUAAAUGUAAUCGAUUUUACUUGACAAUGAAUUUUAUGAAACAAAAUGAAAAAGAAAUGUGUACACAACUUUUCCGCGAUUUAUUUAAAAAUGCGGAAUACCAAAAUGAAGCAUUUAAGGAUACAAUAAAAAAAUUAGCGUUACAUUAUGAAGUUGUACUUGAAUAAUAUUUAUUAUAAUGAUUAAUGUAUACAUAAAAUCUAUAAAAUAAAAUAUAAAAUAUUAUUUAUAGAAUAUAGAAAAAAUCAAGACUUGUAAUUUAAAUUUGUAAUUUUAGAUUUGAAAAAUUUCAAAUCAUACAAGCAUGCGUCCAAAGAUGCAUGUCAAACGAAUCACGUGAUUAUCGAGUACUUAACAUGGCCGCACCCAUUGUAAAAGUUCGAGAUAUCGCGUUGAUUAAUGAUUAGUUUAAGAAUAAACUAAAAUUCCGUUAAAUUUGAAUUUAUUUUUGUUUUAAAUUGAAAUGAUUCGAAAGUUUAAUAUACAAUGGUAUUGUCGUUGUUUGAAAAAUUUUUCGCGAUGUAUGCAUGUACGUACGUGGAAAGAAGAACAUUGGGCAUGUAUGCACGUAUAUCGCAUGUAUGCUCGUAUUUCGUAAAUAAACAAGAUCAGUAAAUCAAUCGAUAAAAUGUCAAUUGACAGUGUCAUUUUAAAUAUUGUAAUUGAAAAAUUAAAAAAUAAAUAUAAAAUGUUAAUUAUCAAAAAUAACGAUUCUAUUUAAAUAAAACAAGGUACAAAGAUCACGUACGUACCUGUAGCGUACGGUAUAUUUAGAUAGUGUAAUGCUUUAAUAUUAUGAUACAUAUAUAUAAUGUUACGUGAAAAUUAUGUGUAACAUAUUUUGUCAUUGAAAGAAAGAUGUAUAGAUGAAUAUAUAAAAAUAUGUAUGUA